AUGUUAUCGGCUUCGAACACUCCAAAUAUGCGCGAAGGUCGUCAGAAACGCAUGCCCAUCAACUGUGAGCCAUGUCGUAUUCGCAAGAUCCGAUGCUCUCGUGAUGGCAUUCCCUGUGGCACUUGCAAGAGACGCGGAGUUCCGCCAGCAAAUUGUUCAUUCGCCCAGCGACCACCACGAGAUUCAUCUAUCAAUCUGGGGCCAGGAAUGCCUAUCUCGCCUAUAUCGACUACCCGGUCACCAGGACAGUCAACAGACGAAGAUCUAGUUGCACGAAUCGCACGAAUCGAAAGGAUGCUCGCGAAUCAGCAACGACAAACUCAAGACGGCUCUAAUAACUUUGCCCCGAUCGAAGAUCAAUUCCGCAUCAAUACUGCUACGACAGACAACAUGCCUGGCGGCCACGGCUUCCUACAAACGUCAGCAUCUGGUCACGUUCGUUUCGUUCCAUGUUGGCCAACAACAGAGCCAGACGACGAAACAUGUCCUGACCGUUUCGAAAGUGAUGUCUCACCUUUUGGAACUCAGUAUAUGACGAAUGGUCUUAGAACGUCUGAUGUUCUGGCCAUGCUACCACCUUCAAGCCUAUGCUCACGGCUGAAAGACAUAUACUUCGAGUCGUUUUCUCCUCUUUUUCACGUCUUGCAUGACCCUACUUUUCAUCAACAGUAUGCACGUUUCCAACAUGAACCAGAGUCGGUAUCUCCGGCCUGGCUUGCGUUACUUUUCGCUAUCAUCAGUACCGCUCUGAGUGCCUGCGACGCGAACAGUGACUUUCUGGAUGACCUGAGCAGGCGGCCAAGUGUUUCUGCAAAGAUCCGCGAUCUUUCUGAGAGAUACAGAGCAGCUGCAAUGCGGUGUCUCGAGAUGGACAACUACCUCUGGAGACACAAUAUUACAACCUUGCAGGCCUUGAUCAUUCUGAUAUAUGGCAUAAAUCACAGUCAUGGACAAAGCUGGACCUUACUGGGCUCUACAUAUCAUAUGGCACUCUCGCUGGGCUGUCAUAUAGACCCAGCGAGCUUCAACCUCAAUCUCGUAGAAUGCGAGGAGCGAAGGAGGUGCUGGGCUUGUGUCAUGAUGCUUUGCACGUUGCAAAAUACGUCAAUGCGGAACCUUGCACCACACUACAAUAGCUCUCAUUAUUCCGUACGUAUGCCAGCAGAUGUCAAUGACUUCGAUUUGACAGUUGACUCCACGUCGUUGCCGAUACACACCGGACGAGCGACUCAGAUGUCUUAUCUACUUCUCAAAUUUCGUCUCUACGAUAUUGGAAGCAGAAUUUGCUCCAGAGUGUUGAACGCCGCCACAGUUGAUCCUAGAGUCAUUACCGACUUGGACAACGCUUUGAUCCAAGAACGGGAUCUUUGGAGCUCGAUAUACCAGUAUCACUCACGACAAGAUGAGCUCUCAUCAUAUCACAAGAUACAUCUCAAGAUCUUGCACAGCUUUUCCCAUCAACUCGCAUUAUUGCUUCACCGACGCAUACUCAUGCAGGGAUCUCCGGACCCCGUCCAGCAGCAGCAUGCGCGAUUGAGGAGUACUGAGAGCUCACGAGCAUUAUUGGAAAUGCAUUCGUCUUUGCAUAACAAUCCCGAAUUUGGGCCUUUUCAGUGGUACAAUCGGGGAUUGGGUUGUUUUCACACAUUUCACGCGGCUGUAGUGUUGAUUGCUACGAUCUCCGAGUCGAGUGAACCAAAUGCCGAUCUAUCGGAUAACAUACGUUUGCUCAAGGACUGUGUUCGACGCUUCGAGGAUCUAGCAGAUCUAAGUCUGGUUUGUCAACGGGCCGCACCUAUACUUCGCCGUCUGCUUACCGGGCUGGGUCUCUCGAUGCAAACGGAAAACUCUGAGCUGGCGUCUCAAGCGCAGAUUGCAAUCUCGACUGACGGCACGGUACAAGCCUUAGUUAGUGCAGCUGACGACGCCAUGAGCGGACUGGAUCAAAUUUUUGAUCAUCUUGACCCUCAGCAGUGGCUUACGCCUUCAGCAGUGUCAUGGGGUCAUUGGGACUUACCGUUGGAUACGACAAAUGGAUCAUGA